UACGCAAUGAAGCGCUUUAGGGGAUGUGGCUCGAACUCCGGCGUACUUACUUGUAGGUUAGUCGCCGUUAGUUGCCUUUUGGCUGCUAAAUAACCGAGCGAUGUCACCGAGCUGACUGCAGCUCCUUUUUGUUGUCGUUGUUUUUCUCGCCUCCCUCUUGUUUGGUUCCAAUGCUUUCUCAGCGAGCCACAUUCCGCGCUGUGAUUCAUGUAGCUAAGAAGUGGCUGACAAUGUGAAAUGUAAAAGCAGUCGCGUUGCUUCGUUCUCUCACUCUCCUCCGCCUCCCCUCCCUCCUCCUCCUGCUGCUGCUGCUGCUCCGUCCGUCUCCUCCGCCUUCACGUUUCAUUCUCUUUAAAGCUGAGAGCAACGUACAACGCAGCAAUUACCGAAGUCGCAAGACACGCACUUACUGACACGGGGGGCAGUGGUGCUGCUUAUCGCCUGGCACCUUCAACCGCGGCGCGGCUGCUCGGACUAAUUUACGAUCCCGUCCUUUUUUCCGUGGGAGUGUGCGUCUACAGCUUUCAGCUUCUCGCGAGUCCGAGAUAGUAUACGUGCCGUCAGAGGAAAGGGGUAUUUGAGACAUUGUUGAAGAGCUAGGGUAGCAGGGGAGGUUGGAGCAAGGGCUUGUAGUUGGCGGGUGGGGGGAGGUCUGCUGCUGGCGGAUGGGGUGUUGGAGGAGAUUCGCUCUCUUUCUCUGUGUCUGGUGGACCCGGCUUGGAUGUUGAGAGGCGACACAUGGCUUUGGAGAGAGCGUGGCCCCGUUGAGAGUGCAAUGGGGGCGAACGGCAGCAAACAGGACAGCGACACGGGCCGAGGAAGCUCCAGCAUUUCGUCGGACUUUAGUUCCAGCACAGACUUCACGCCCACCCGCAAGAGCAGAGGGCGACCACCCCUACAUUCUGCCUCCCGAAGGCAGGCAACCCCCAGCAAGCCACGCCCAGCGUGACGCGGAUGGCGAUGAUGAUGUCACCAAGCCACGCCCAUCACCUCCCAUCUAGCGAUUCGGGGUUGAGCUCCCAGGAUGCGAACCUCCCGUGCGGCGAAAACGAUGACGACUUCCCGCUGCCCCCUCCGUUGCAAAUGAAACGCUCGCCCCCCUCAAGCCCUGACGCCGCUCGGACGAAAGCGGCGGCCCACCGGCAGGCCCGGUUCACCCGCCACCACCACGGCCACCACCACCACGGCCACCACGACGGCGACAACGCCCGCCAGGGCCGACCCGCCGACCGAUCGACCGACGCCGGCUCGGUGCCACCCCCGUGCCGGCCCCUCUCGCCGAUGGCCGCGGACGCGCGCGGCACGCCCGUCCAGCGCGAGUGCCCCGUCUCCUCGCACUGCGAGCUGUACAGCAGCCUCGUGUCGUCGCAGGCGGGCGAUGCGCAGCCCUUCCUUUCGCCCCACGAAUGCUCGCUCCUCUCCAAGGGAUACGGCCAACGGCGAGCCGUGUCCCCGCACGCCAAUAUUGGCAGGCCGACGUCUCCGGUUGGCCAAGCGAGCGCCCGAGGGCAGUCGCCCGCCGGUUUCCAGAAGUCUUGCCUUCCUCCGUUUUGCGGCUCCCAGAUUUCAUUCCUGCCUCACCCCUACAGCCACCCAAGGUCGUAUUCUCCAAACACGUUUGGAUUUCAGAAGGCUCUCCUCCCCACAUCUGCGUCCGCUUAUCCGAAAACACCGCCGCAGCAUUCCGACGAGGGCGGCAAACCGCCGACAGAUUUACAUCCUUCACUGUCGCCUCCAAGCUGCCGGAACCUCCUUGCGGAGCAGCAAUCUGGCAACCGACAUGCGCAGCGUCCAUCGCACUGCCAGGCCCAUUCAGCGAACUGCAGCCAUCGAACACCGACUCCCACCACUGACGUCGGCUAUCAAUCUCCUCCGGCUAACAACCCUCAUCAAGGCCCUCUGUCGCCCUGCGGUCAGCAGCAGGAGCUGCUCCCACCAGCGCUGCCUCGAUUGCCCCAUUGCAGGCAAUGCGCUCCAUCCCUCCGGUAUCUCAACUGCGCCGGGCUCUCGUGCGGCCAGCAUCAGGCUCCGAAAUCGUCCCAAGCGCCGUCGGCGUGGCGGCCUCUGUCUCCGCCGGUGGGAAAUAACCACAGGCCGCUGUCUCCGGUUCCCCGAGAGCUUCGAAGUCACCUCGCAGAGCAGUCCGCCAGCCACGAGAGGCCUCUGUCCCCACCACCCAACGACAUCCGCGGGCCGUCUCCAGCGUCCACGAAACUGGGAGCCUUGGCACCACCUCCUCCCAUUCCCUGGAGACCUCUGUCGCCACCUGCCAGCGGCGUCCACAGGUCGCUGUCUCCUCCAGCCUGCAACAAGAUCAGAUCUUUUUCUCCACCUCCGAGCAGGCCCCUUCAACGCGCGCUUUCGCCCGCGCGUUGCAGCCUUCGGCGGUCCAUGUCCCCCCCACCCCUGAGCAGCCACAGGCCGCUGUCGCCUUCUCCCCUCGACAAAAGAAGGCCGCUCACCCCGCCUCCGAUAAGUCAGCGCAAGUCGAGUCUGUAUCCCCCCUCCAACCACCACGGGCUUCUGUCCCCACCGCCAUCGAGCCACCACAGGUCACUGUCACCUCCUCCGCUUCAACCGUCGUCUUCCAGCAACGCCCGCCUCAAGUCCGGGCAGCCAGUCGGCCAGAGAAUGUUUCCCACGAGGACGUUAAAGAAGCACAGGCCCUGUCCCCUGCACAGCUCCACGAGGCAGUCUCUCUCCCCACAGCCGCUGAGCUCGCUGUCAUCCUCGCCCGUGUCCACGCGCUCCGCCGAUUCCCACUCAUCGCCGAGCUCUCACUCGUCCUCCGCGCAGCGAGAACGAUCCGCAAGAGCCUUGCCAGAAAGAUGCCAGGAGCAUCGUGAGCAGCAACAUCAGCCGCCGCCAGAUCAUCAUCAUCACCAGCAUAAGCGUCAGCAAGGCAUCGAUCUUCCCCAAAUGCACACGGCCCACGCGUGCGUUCCCGCAGCGCAGCAUCCGAACCAACGCGGGCAGGCAUCGGCGGCGGCGUGCGUCGGCGUCCCCGUCGAUCGCGAAAACGCCACGGCCGCGCUCGCCCUCGGCUUGAGUCGGCUGGAGCUCGAGGUGCCGCCGGCGCGGCCGACGAAGGGCGAGGCCGGCAAGAGACCGCUCUCCAUCGAGAGCCUGCCCGACUGGCUGCUCCUGCGCGUGUUCGCGAACCUCGCCGCCGAGAGCCUGUGCAGGUGCGCGCGCGUCUGCCGACGCUGGUACCUGGUGGCGUGGGACCCGCGCCUCUGGAAGGCGGUGACGCUCGGGCCGUGGGACGGAGGGGAGCAGGAUGUGGAGCGGGCGCUGGACGCGCUGACGGCUCGGCUGUGCCGGGACACGCCGUACGUGUGUCUCACGCUCGAGGCUCUGGUGCUCAGCGGCUCGGCGGGGCUGGGCGACCAGGGGCUGCUCACCGUGGCGCGACGCUGCCCAGAGCUGCGGCGUCUCGAGGCGUCGGGCUGCCCCCGCAUCACCAACCGCGGCAUCCUGGAGGUCGUGACGCGCUGCCCAAACCUCGAGCACCUCGACGUCUCUGACUGCCCGGAGAUCACGUGCGUGAGCCUGACGCCCGAGCCGUCGUGCCAGGCCUGCCCGCUGCACGGCCGCCACCUGCUCCUGCGCCACCUCGACAUGUCGGGCUGCUCGUCCCUCACGGACGAGGGCCUGCUCGCCGUGGCGCGCCACUGCCCGCGCCUCGCGCGCCUCUACGUGCGCCGCUGCGCCGGCGUCUCGGACGCGGGCUUGCGCGCCCUCGCGCGCCACUGCGGCGCCUCGCUGCGCGAGCUCAGCCUGUGCGACUGCGCCGACGCCACGGACGCGGGCCUCGGCGAGGUGGCCGCCGCCGCGGGCCCCCGCCUGCGCUACCUGAGCCUCGCCCACUGCGCCCGCGUCACCGACGCCGCCCUCCGCCACGUGGGCCGCCACUGCCCCGGUCUGCGCUACCUGAACGCGCGCGGCUGCGCGGGGGUCUCCGACCGGGGGCUCGAGGCGCUGGCGCGGGGCUGCGCGAGGCUCCGCAGCCUGGACGUGGGCCGCUGCCCGCUCGUGACGGACGCAGGGCUGGAGGCGCUCGCGCGGGGCUGCCCGGGAGUCAAGAGGCUGGGCCUCAGGGGCUGCGGGGCGGUGUCGGGCCGCGGGCUGAGCGCCGUGGCGCUGGGCUGCCGCGGGCUGCGGCUGCUUAGCGUGCAGGAGUGCGACGGCGUGGCGGCGGAGGCGCUGCGCUUCGUGCAGGCACACUGCCCGCGGUGCCUGGUGGAGCACACCAACCCGGCCUCCUCCUGAACACAAAUAGGGCUCCACGAGCUGCCGCCUCCUCCUCCUGCUCGAGCGACAAUUUUUUUAGUAUUUUUUUAACUGGGCAACCGCCCACGAUGGAUGGAGCAAACGACACUAAGUUAAAAUGUGCAGGGUAGAGCGAUGGGGGGACAUUGGGAUUGUGCUCUGUUGCUGUUGUUGACGUCGUAGUACUUUUUACGCGUUCACAUCUGCAGUUUACACUUGUUUUAGUCCUCUGUUUUUUAUACUUGGUCACUGCAGGCGGUAUAUUACCGUAUUUGUUUUUUUAUUAUAGGGAUGACCAAUUGGUUCCCUUUUUGUAUAUUAUCCAAACUUAAACGCUGUCGUAUUUUUGUCGCCUGAUUUUUGUUGCUGUACAUAUAAACAACACGCUUUUUAAAGUACAGGACAACGAAACUUUUUUACAUUGCAAUGUUCAGGUGGUAGAAGCAGAUAAAUACUACGGACGCAAAUAUCACCUCGUAUUCAUGAUGCAAGACCGAAAAACAAGGCCAUCCUGGGCCGUAAUGUGGCACUGUCGCAUGCCUCGGGCUGCUAUAACCCACCUCUGAGGGCGUGAAGGCCACAGCAAACUGAAUUCUGGAUAAUGAGGCACUGACAGAAAGGGCCUUGGUUUUGAUCCAGCCUUCUUGUAGCACAGGGAAGAAACCUUGCAGGGUUGUCACUCUCAAGAGCCGGUCCCUACAGCAGAGUGCCGAAUACAGUGUUAUGGAGUGCCAGGAAAAUUGGAUUAUCAGGACCUGGGUAAUGAUCCAGAUGUUUUAUCAAGUUCCUUUACACAACUCAGACCGUAUACCCGAACAACACAAUGUAGAUAAACAUUGUAAAGCUAAAUAAAAUUGCGUAAUAAUAAGCUCUAAAAUAAACACCACUAAUAAAUUAAA